AUGGAGGGACCGGAUUGGGACAGCGAAGGGGAAGGAUCCCAGCGAAGCGUGGACAAGCGCGGCCUUAUUCCACGGAUUCUGCAGUACAUCUUCCAGAGACUGUCAGCUGACAAGGAGCUGCAGAUGUUAGAGUUCACCAUCCGCUGCUCCUACCUGCAGAUUUACAAUGAGCAGGUGUCGGACCUCCUCGAGCCAGAUUCGGUGAACCUGAAUGUGAGGGAGGACAUGAGGCACGGGAUGUUCGUGGAGGGCCUCCAGGAGGUGGUGGUGUCCACGGCCGACGCCACCUACGCGCUGUUCAAGCGCGGCUCGCAGAACCGGCGCGUGGGCCAGACCGCCAUGAACAUGGAGAGCAGCCGCUCUCACAGUGUGUUCACUAUUGUGGUGGAGACCCAGCGGCGGGAUGACGCGGGGGUGAUGAAGAGGAGGACCUCACGGUUCAAUCUGGUAGAUUUAGCAGGGUCGGAGAGGCAGAAGCACAGUGAGGCGCAGGGGAUGCGGCUGAAGGAGGCCGGGAGCAUCAACAAGUCCCUCUCUGCGUUGGGAAAUGUCAUCAAGGGCUCCCUGGGUGGGAACUCCAAGUGCACCCUGCUGGCGGCUGUGAGUCCUGCGGAGCGCAACGUGGAUGAAACGAUGUCCACGCUCAAGUUUGCGCAGCGGGCGAAGCUGAUGCACAACGAGGCUGUAGUGAACGAGCUGAUGAUGGGCAACCCCGCCGUCAUGGGCGAGGAGAUCCGACGGCUGCGCCUCGAGAUCGCCGAGCUUAGAGCCAAUGCGACAGCCGGAGUGCCUGGGCAGCCACUGCUCCCUCCCAGCCCUUCUCCUGCACCCAUGUCAGAGAACGAGCGCAUCUGUCGCUUGGAGCAGAUCAUCUCCCAGUCCACAAAGCGAGCGAUGGAGGCGGAGAGGCAGGCGGGGCAGGAGGUGGCGAGGCAGAGCAAGAGAGCCGAGGCCGCUGAGGCCCUGGCGGAAGGGCUCGUGAGGAGUGUGCAGGGGCUGAAGAUGGUGGUGAAGCUGCGGGACGGGAGGAUCAAGCGGGUGGAGGCGCAGGGGAGGUGCGAGGGGCAGUGUACACGGGGGGAGGACGCGGCAGCAGUGGAGGAGCUGUCGCAGGAGGUGGAGGUGCUGAGGCGCAUGGUGGAGAGGAACCCUGAUGCCAUCCGCUUCCAGCUGGAAGUUGACGUCUGCAAAGCGCGCAUCAGCGAGUUGGAGGAGCAGCUGCAGACGGGCACGAGCGAGGGGGACAAGGUGGCGGCACUGGAGCGCCUGAACAACGCCCUGAGGGAGGAGCUGAAGGAGGCGUUUGAUGAGAACGAGGCGCUGCGGGGCAAGGAGGAGGAGGGGCGGAGGGAGAGAGAGGAGCUCCGAGCCAAGCUCGUUGGCAUGGAGGAGCAUGUGAGUGGGGAGGAGGGUGGGGAAGGGUGUGAGUGGGGAGGAGGGUGGGGAGGGAUGUGGGUGGGGAGGAGGGGGAGGCAUGUGAAGAAGGUGGCUGCAGUGGCGGAGCAGUACCGCAUGGAGGUGAACAACACACGGCAGCUUCAGCGCAGCGUCAACGACCGCAAGCACGAGUUUGAUGAUGCGCGCGUGCGGUGUGGAGUGGCGGAGGCGAAGGUGGGCAAGCUGCUGCAGCAGCUGGCGGCCACCCAGCAGGCGGAAUCAGUGCUCAAGGUGGAGGCCGCGGAGCACCACGCUCAGAGCGCCGCCCUCGCUCGGGAUCUACAGACGUGCCGGGCCGAGCUGGCAAGGAACGGGGCUGAGGGUGAGAGGAGUGCAGCUGACGCAGCACAGCUGCGGGCUGAUUUGGAAGCGGUGCGGAAGCAGGUGGAGGGGUUGGUGGAGGAGAAGGCGAGGGCUGAGGGAGAGGCGGCAGAGGCAGCAGCUGCUGGGAGGGAAAAGGAGAGGGCGUGGGAAGAAGAGAGAAAGGCGUUGGAGGAGGCUAUGGAGGAGAUGAGGAGAGCGCAGAUGGAGGCGGAAGAUGCUGGGAGGGAGAAGGUGCGGGAGCUCGAAGAGCAGAAGAGGGCUUUGGAGGAGGAGCUUGAGGGGAUGAGGCGAAAGGUGAUGGAGAUGGAGGAUGCUGGGAAGGAGAAGGAGGGCGCGUUAGAAGAGCAGAAGAGUGCGCUGGAAGAGGAGCUUGAGGGGAUUAAGAGAAAGCAGCAGGAGAUGGAGGAUGCUGCGAGGGAGAAUGUGAAAGAGCUUGAAGAGCAGAAGAGAAUGUUGGAGGAGGAGCUGGAGGGGAUGAAGGGUAAGCAGGUGGAGCUGGAGGAGAAGGUGCAAGCGCUGGAGAAAGAGCGGGAGCUGCUGUGGGCUGCAGCAGAGAAGAGCGGGGCGGACGGUGAUGCUGACGGCGCUGAUGGUGCUGGUGGUUCAGAUGCUGCAAAGAAGCGGUCGGAGCUGGGCGAGAGGAUAGCGAAGCUGGAGGAGGAGCUGAAGACGGAGAGGGCGCGGGUGAUUGACCUGGCAGAGAAGGUGGGCGACAGGGACGGGCUGGUGGAGGCGGCUUGCGAGAGGCAGAGGCGGGCAGAGGAUGCGGCGGAGAGGGCAAGGAGGCACGCGGAGGAGUUUGCUGCUGGGGGGCGCAAGCUGCAGCAGGUGAACCUGGCGCUGGAGGAGCAGCUGUGCUCCGCGCUGCAGAGCCUGCAGGAGGCGAAGGAGCGGGUGGAGCGACUGGAGCAGGAGAGAGUGGGUUUGCUGGAGGAGGCUAUAAUGCUGGAAAAGGAAACGGACGAGGAACAGAAGCAGCAAGAGGAGGAGGAGAAAGAGUGGGAGGAGCAGCAGGAGAGGCGUAAGGGAGGAGGUAGUGGAAGCAAGAGGAGGUGGCAGGAGAGUGUGAAGGGUGAUGAGGAAGCAGUGGAGGCGGGUGGGGAGGAGAAGGAGGAGGGCGUUCUUAGCCCGAUGACUCUGUGCCUCACAGAGCUCCGUGAUGUGACCAACAGGGCAAGCCCUUCGCGAGUAGCAGGCAAAGACAGCAAUGCAGCAGAAGCAAAGGGGAAGGAUGCUGAUGCACGCGCAGGAGCCGCUGGUUCUGGCCCCAGCCCAAUUCGCCUCGGCACAGCAGCAGACAUGUCCGCGCUACCUGCCUCUGCUUCUGCCAACGCGUUUCUCGCUAACAGGUGGACUCUGCCCUUUGCUGGAGACAACGUUUCUGCCAGCGUAGACUCUGACAGCGACCUGCUCAGAUAUGCAGUCACUGGGGCGGCCGGAGGGCUCACAGGGGGGGAAGGAGGCAUGCAGGGCGCGCUGGGGCGAAAGCUAGAGAAGAAGAAGCGGAGGAGGAGCGCGCCAGUGAGCCAAGCAGAGGCGCAGGCGGAGAAGCUGAGGCUGAUGGAGGUGCAGGUGCGGCACAUGGUGAAGCAGCUCGCUGCGGCCCACGCCCAGGUGAAGAGCCUGUCCGGUAGGAUGCAGAAGGCGGGCCCCCUGAUGGUGCGGAUGCGGGAGGUGGUGCAGCAGCUGCGGGCGAAAGGGCAGGCGCUGGAGCUGGCGCUGCUGAAUACGCUGGAGAGGGAGGCGGAGAGGGAGCAGGCGGAGGAGGAUGAGAAGGAGGAGGUUGGGCUGAUGUAUCUGGGACUGGAGGAGCAGAGGGAUAGGUUGAGGGAGGAGAGGGAUGCGUAUUUGAAGCAGCUGAUGGUGGUGGGGCCGAGGAACACGGUGCUUUGUGAGGAGUUGAGUGUGGUGAAGGCGAGGCUGGAAGCGGCUAGGGGAGAGAUGGGUGAGAUGGAGGAGGAGCGGGCGAGGCUGCGGAGGAAGCUGGCUAGGCUGAGUCGUAGGCUGGAGGAGCAGGUAACAGGGAGAAAAGCAGCGGUUACAGGUGGACGCCUCGAGAGUAAGGUUACGGUAGAGCAUGGAGCUGACCGGGAGAAAGGUGGGGGUGGGGUCACGACGGAGAGCAGGGCUGAUGUGGAGGAUGGUGCUGACGUGGAGGAUGCGGAUGAGGAGCUCAAAGCUGACAUGGAUGAAGCGCUGGCCGUUGUGCGGGAGCAUGUGGGGGAGGUGGAGAGCAGGAACAGAAAGCUGGCGGAGCAGGUGAGGAAGCUGGAACAGCAGUGCGAGAGGCUGCAGGCUAAGGCUGAGGGGGUGGGCAGCAGCAAGUCGAGGGCGGUGAGGGCUGUGGGGAAGAGCGAGAGCGAGGAGAUGCUGGGAGGUGGUUUGAGCGUGAAGGCUGAGAGUGUGCGACAGCAGGGUGCAGGGCAGCACGAGCGUGAGAAGAAGGGAAAUGGGCACGAGGGGGCGGAGCAGCAGCGGCUGGUUGGGCAAGUGGAGGAGCUGUUGGCGCGUCUGGCUGCGGCAGAGGAGCAGACAAAAGGCACCAUGGGCCGCGCUGCUCUGGCGGAGCAACGGUGCAGCGAAAUGCAUGCUCGCGUUGCUGCUGUGGUAGCCCGGGAGAGGGCGCUGCAGAAGCUGUUGGUGAGCCCGCUGCUGAAGGAUCCCGGGGCUGGGGAUGGAGGGGUUGGAGGGUCUGGGGUUGGAGACACAGGGGUUGGGGGCAGAGGGAUGAUGGGAGGAGCGGGUGGGGACGAGAUCGUUGAGGGGUGGAAGGCGAGGUGGCGGCAGCUAGAGCAGGAGCAGGGAGAGCUGGACUUACACCUGAACCAGAACAGGGUAGGGGACCAGGAAGGCAAGGACGAACAAGAGCAUGCGGAGCAGGGAUGUGGGCAGGAAGGGGUGGAAUGCGGUGCAGAGGCUGGUAACAUGGGUGCGGAUAUGGGGCAGGAGCAGAGGCGCAUGCAGGUGGAGGAGGUGCGGGGGGUGCUGGCUCAGGUGGUGCUGGUGGAGAGUCUAUUGGCCGUGGUGCUGUGCCGGGCUGGGCUUGCUGGUCUGUCCUCCCGCAUGGAAACCAAGCUGCUGGGAUCAGAUCUGGGGUCAGGAGAGAUGGUGGGGGCAGGAGGGAUAGAAGGGAAUGGUGGUUCGCCUGGUGAGGGAGGCUCAGGCGCAGGUGCAGGCGAGGAAGAGGGCGAGCCAGAAGGGGUGGAUGGAAGGGGGAAGGAAGGAGUGAGCGGGUCAGGGAAGGAGGAGGGGACAGGGCUAGAAGGGGGAGGAGGGGAAGGAAGGGGAGCAGAGCAAGGAGUGGGAACAGAGCAAGUGGAGGAGGUGCUGAAUGCGCUGCAGAGGCAAAGGGUGCUGCUGCUGGGGUUCUUGGGCGUGAAGGCAGAGGAAAGCAGCAAGCUAGAGCAGAAUGAGCAUGAGAGGGAAUCGAGGAAUCUGGCGAACGAGGAGGCAGAACGAGCUAUAGCGAGUCCCAGUGACGGUCUGACCCUUCCCCCUGCGGCUGUGGUAUCCAGGCAGGUCAGAAUCGCGCAGCAGCUGGUGCGAGCGGGAUUCGAUGCCCUCAUGGCAAGCGACGACACCUGCUGGCUGCGCGGGUCCGUUCUGAGAGGCGUGUACGCUCUGAGGAAGCUGGUGGAGGAGGUGGAGGGCAAGGUGGGCGCGUGGGAGGCGCAGUGGGGCGAGCUAGAGCGGACCUUCCAGCAGCAGAACCGGGAGUUCCUGGAGGUGGGGCGAGCGCUGCAGCGCGUGCAGGGGGAGAAGCGGGCAGUGGAGGGGGCAGUGAGAGAGAGGGCGGAGGAGGAGGCGGGGCGGCGGGAGGUGGUUGAGAGGACGGUGCGCGUGGCAGCUGAGGCAGUGGAGGUGGAGAAGGAGAUUGAGGAGAAGCAACAGCAGGCGACAGUGGCUACAAUGGAGAAUGCUGCUGCGUGCUCUGGGCACGGAAGCGAGGUGAGCAGGCGUUUGGAGAAGGAGGUGGAGUGGCUGCAGCAGGUGAAGGACGCGAAGGAGAGGGAGGUGGUGGGGCUGAUGAAGCGAGUGACAGAGAUGGAGCUGCAGGGCCGCGCGCAGUGGGAGCAGGCGGUGCGGCGGCAGGAGGCUGCUGCGAAGCAGGUGGAGGGGCUCUCGCAGCAGCUGAGGGCGGCGCAGCAGCAGCUGGGUGGGAAGAGUGGCGAGGUGGAGAAGCUGGUGUGGACGGUGGAGCAGCUGCAAGAGGAGGUCAAGGCCAAGAUCACCUCUCUGCACGUGCAACUCGCAGCAGCAGCGAAGGCAGUGACUCUUGACUCCCCUCUCAGACCCCGUCAACCAGCAGCAGCAGCAGCAGCAGCAGCAGACAGAGGCGAAUCAGCCCCUGCAAGCGAGCCCAGGCAGCAGCGGCCCUCGGAGUCAGGUCACGGGUCGCGGCGGGUGCGGCAGCGGCUGGGCGGCGUGCUAUCCGCCAUCCACAGCAUGGGAGCUAUUCGCGACGGCACUCGCAGCCCGUUUGGGUUCAGGGGCGUGGGGGCCAGCAAUGAGGGUGCAGCAGCAGCAGCUGCUUCUGGUGGUGCUGUGCAUGCUUCCACGGCUGCUGGGUGCAGUGGGCGGGGUGCUGCUGCGUCUGUGAGCUGUGGGACUGGAGGAGGGGAGGGUGAGGAGUUUUACACGCCCAUGACCAAUUUGCCCUUCAGCCCGGAGAGUGGGGUGGAGGCGAGUGGAGGGGGGCACGACAGUGGUGCUGGUGGGAGCGUGAAGGGGAACAAGGGGAAGGGGUCUGGAUGGGGUGUGGGGCACGGAGGGGUUGGUGGUGGAAGUGCGAAGAAGCGAGGCUGGGGGAGUGGCGUGGGCAAGUGCGUUGGGAGUGAUGAGAACGCGCCGUUGAUUCCUGACGGCCCACAAUCAGGUACACUUCUGCCCAUCCCCUUCCCCUUUCUUUCAAACCGCCCAUUUCCUCUUCCUUUCCAAUACCUGUGUCCCGUAUCACGUGAUGGGGUCAUGGCAUCUGCACCCUUGCACACUCCACCUGUUGCUGGGAGUGCAAACAAGGUGACUGUCAGGGCCGCCUUUGAAGCACCGGCACCAUUCUCUCAGCUCUCCGGGAGAUGGCAGCAAGACAGGCCACUUUCUGGUGAGGGAACACCAAGGAGCAACCGUCGUGGUCCAGUCCUUAGGUAG